AUGGCGAGUGGCAGAACUGCCACCGUGGUGGUGGACAACGGCGGCAGAAUGUGCAAAGUGGGAUUUGCGGGAGACGACGCCCCCCGAAUCGCGUUCCCUACUGUCGUUGGGAGACUCCGACAUCAAGGGGACAUGGGCCAGAAGGACACCUACGUGGGGGACGAAGCACAGAGCCAGAGGGGCAUUCUUGCCCUGAAGUACCCUAUUGAAUAUGGCUACGUCACCAACUGGGAUGACAUGGAGAAGAUCUGGCACCACACUUUCUACAAUGAGUUACGGGUUGCCCCAGAAGAACACCCAGUCUUGCUUACCGAACAUCCCCCAAAUCCCAAAGCACACAGGGAGAAGAUGACACAGAUCAUGUUUGAGAUCUUCCACACGCCGGCUAUGUAUGUGGCCAUACAGGCUGUGCUGUCCCUCUAUGCCUCUGGCCGAACCACUGGAUUUGUCAUGGAGUGUGGAGAUGGAGUCACCCGCCCUGUGCCCGUCUAUGAGGGUCAUGCCCUGCCCCAUGGAAUCCUGCGUCUGGACCUGUCUGGCCGUGACCUGACAGACUACCUCAUGAAGAUCCUGACCGAGAGAGGCUACAGCUUUACCACCACGGCUGAGAGGGAGAUUAUGCGGGACAUCAAAGAGAAGCUCUGCUACGUGGCCCUGGACUUUGAGCAGGAGAUGGCCACGGAGACCUCAUCCUUGGAGAAGAGCUAUGAGCUGCCCGACGGCCAGGUGAUCACCAUUGGCAAUGAGCGCUUCAGGUGUCCAGAGGCCCUCUUUCAGCCCUUCUUCCUAGGCAUGGAGUCCUGCGGGAUCCACGAGACGGCCUUCAACUCCAUCAUGAAGUGUGACAUGGACCUCCGGAAGGUCCUGUACGCCAACACAGUGCUGUCGGGCGGUAACUCCAUGUACCCUGGCAUCGCUGACAGAAUGCAGAAGGAGAUCACGGCCUUGGCCCCCAGCACUAUGAAGAUCAAGAUCAUCGCUCCACCGGAGCGCAAAUAUUCUGCCUGGAUUGGCGGCUCCAUCCUGGCGUCUCUCUCCACCUUCCCGAAGAUGUGGAUUAGCAAGCAAGAGUAUGAUGAGUCUGGCCCCUCGAUUGUCCACCGUAAAUGUUUUUAA